AUAUUAUUUGACGAUUUAUGAUAAAUAGUUUGCCAGAUUUUAACCAGAGAAUGUCUCCAACAAAACUAGCAAAUAAACUAAGAAAUCAUAAAUCUCAGAAACCCUAAUCAAAAACCACACCAUCAGUUCAUAGAAAGAAACACAGUUAAUCAGUAUUGAAUUUUGAAGGUAUACGAGAAAGAUGGGAGAAUCUGAAGGGCAAACAGCAGCAGAGGUUUCGCUGAAAGAUCAGGGCAAUGAGUUUUUCAAAGCAGGGAAUUAUCUCAAAGCGGCAGCUCUUUACACUCAGGCUAUCAAGAAGGAUCCCUCUAAUCCCACUCUUUACAGCAAUCGUGCUGCUGCAUUUCUGCAUUUGGUAAAACUUAACAAAGCUCUAGCUGAUGCAGAAACAACAAUCAGUUUGAAACCAGAUUGGGAAAAGGGUUAUUUCAGGAAGGGAUGUGUUUUAGAGGCUUUGGAACGAUAUGACGAUGCUUUGGCUGCUUUCCAAGUUGCCUUGAAGUACAACUCGCAAAGUUCCGAGGUGUCCAAAAAAAUCAAGAGGCUUACGCAGUUGGCAAAAGAUAAAAAACGAUCUCAAGAAGUAGAAGCUUCGAGAUCAAAUGUUGAUAUGACUAAACAUUUGGAUUCUCUGAAAACCGAACUAUCUGGAAAGUAUGGAGCUGAAGAUUCUUGGAAGGAAAUUUUCUCUUUUGUUGUUGAAACAAUGGAGAGUGCAAUAAAAUCAUGGCAUCAAAAUUCGACCGUCGAUCCUAGGACCUAUUUCCUAAUUCACAAGGAUAAAACAGACACUGAAAAAUAUGCUCCCGUGGUUAAUAUUGAUAAGGCAUUUGAAUCACCACAUACACACAGCAAUUGUUUCUCAUUUCUCAGGCAGUAUGCUGAAGAUUCUUUCUCUCAAGCUGCUUGCUUGGUGGUGCCCAAAAAUAUAAUUUCGUAUCCUCAGGUGUGGAAAGGCCAAGGAUCAAGAAAAUGGAAGCAUGGGCAGAGUGAUGGCUUGUUUUUCCAAUUUGAAUCACCAUUGCUUCAGAAAAUAUGGUUUAUCCCCUGUUCUAGUGAGAAGGGUCAAACCUUGUGCAGGUAUCUCUCUACUGCAGCAUAUCCAUAUAUGCACCCUGAAUCUCAAUCAAGUGCACACAAAUACAUAAAUUGGAGCUAUUUGUAUAUGAAAAAUCAUGAUUAAUCUUAUAUUUCUCCAGGGAUCCUGUCACGUUAGACAUCGGCUUGCAUGAAAUUUUCCCUCGUUUAUUCAAGCAAGCAUAGACUUAUGCAAUUCUUCCAUGUGGAUGAAGAUUCAUCUGAGGAAACACUUGCCUAAAUUGUGGAGCUUCUUGCUGGAAGUGGAAUCAUAUCCUGAGAUGUGCUGGUGCUUAUUGAGUUAUUGUCAGUUUCUUGGGUUUACAAAAGUUCAUAUGUAAGAAGCAUCCAAAUUGAGGUGCUCUUUGUUGGGUGAGGUGAGAUUUCUGUAUCACUGGGUGCGCUGCACCUGCACCUGCUGAGGUUUUAGUUGUAGAAGAAACAGAUUCCAUUCUGAUGGUAUUGUUGCUUGUAUGAUUUGAAUUUGUUUUAUUCAAUAGUGUUGGCUGAAAUUGAUUUUUCCCA